CCCCUCGCGCAGCCGCCACCCACCUCCACCACAUCCCCGCCGCCGCUGCCGCCUACGCCCUCCUCCCACACCGCCGCCAUGAAACCCCCUCCUCACCUUAUCUCCCGGUCGACCAGCAGCAGGUCAGGCGGAGGCGGCAGCCAGAUCCACCGCGUUGCUUCCGGAUCCGCGCCCUCCCCACCCCCGAUUCAUCUCCAAUCCCGCCGUCGAGACCCAACCCCGCCCCCACCGAUGACCUAACCCCAUCACCACCGGUGACCUCCCUCCCUUGCUCCUCAACACAACCCAACCCCGAUUCGAUUCAGUUCAUAGACAAAUCCCCUCCCACAUUGCAGCCGCCGCCACACACUGCCGAACCCCUCACAUCCGGUCGGUGGCCAUGGCCUCCGGUAUCUCCCCGACAGCCGCCACUCCCGUACCCUCUCCAGUACCCUUCCCUUCCCUACCCUGACCAGAAGAGGAAGAGAAGAGGUAGGAAUCCGAGCGAGCUGGUCAGGCGGCCGCCAUGGCGCAACCAGAUCUGCCAUGGUUGCCCAUGGUUUCUUCGACUUGGGCCUCGAUGGAGGUCGCCAUGGCCUGCUCCGUACCGAUCCUCUCUUCCUCACCUCGCAUCAGGCGGCGGCCAAAACGAGGCGGAUUUGCACCAUCGUCAAUGGCCUCAACGGAGGUGCUCGCAUGCCGGCUUCCUCCUCCUGCUUCUGCUCAGCCGCUACCGACGCCAUAGAGCUUCCUAGCCUAGCAGGAAGGGGGAGAAGAGACAGCGGGAUGGAAGGAAGGAGGCCGCCGAGGAGUGAGGUGUUGUACUCCACAGAGAUAGCAGACGCCUCUACUUGUGAUGUCACAUGAGAAGCAUAGGGGAGAGACCACCAUCGCCAGCUUGCUCCACCAUAAGUCGCGCUUGCCCUCCGUGAUCACCAUGGCACUGCUUGUCCUGGGAGUGAUUAUUCUCAUUGUAUACUUCAACAAUGGCUCAGGUACGCGAAGGCCGCGAGCGCCAAGGCGCACCUCACGCGCAGGGGCUGCCGGCAAGAAGGACGUGGGCGAGGCCUUCUUCGUCUUCAUGGUGAGUUCCGCAAGGAUUUCAAGCAUAAAACCCCAUGAACAAGUCUGUCGCUGCUGUAGGCAAAGCAACCGGUGGGAGGUGGAAGAGCUUGAGCGAGUCGAUCAUGGUGUACCAGCUUGCAAGGGUGUUGCUUUUUGCCACGGAUGCGGUGUCCGGCACCAUGACCUUGAGCCACACAACCUGCAAAUUGGUGGAUGGGUUGGUAUCCUCUGGUUUGAUCCCAGCAAGAGGAAGUGUUCUCUUCUCUUUAUCAACCAAAGGCACUUUCUUCUCUCAUGGAUGGAUGGGACUCCAUCAAUUUAGUAUCAGUUUAGGUGUUAGUAUGCUGUUGAUGCUUGUGUUGAUGCCAUGCUUUUUGUCUUGUCAUGUGCUGAUAUUAACUGGUAGCAUCAUCUCCCAUGAUUGCUUGCUUGCUUGCUUACUCUAUAACCUAUACUGCUAAAACAUGUUAUGCUACUCCUUGAUGCUAUAUCAUUUGCAAAUACUCCUAGGCAUCAUCUCCCGUGAUGUUGCAUUAGCUAUAAUCUGUACUGCUAAAAGAGGAGUGUAAACUGGAGUAAUUUUUCAGCCAUUCUAUUUGUUUUCUUUUGGGCGGAUGCUCUCCACUGGAGUACAGUUGGGUACUGCAUUUCUUUUUGCAUUCCUUUUUCAGUCAGUGUUUGAACAUUUUUUAAAGAUGAAUUGGAAUACUCCUGGACAACAAUACAUGGAGUAUAGCUGGAACUUCUUGCAGUAUAGCUGCAGCAGUCCAUUAGGAGUAGUUUUGCAUCAGUAGCAUUAGGAGUAACUUCUUGCAGAAACACUUUGACACAUAUUGUCAUGCAUCAGUAGCAUGUUUGCUUGUUUUGGAGUAGCGAUUAAUUACUUGUAAUGUUUUUCUUGUCUGAGCACACACACUAAAUGAAACUUUUUUAGAUAAUUAUUAUUAACUGAAACUGUUAUGUACAUGAAUAUAGUCUAUCUACAGCAAGUUACAUAUGUGGUGCAAAUGUGUAGAACUACUAGUACUAUGCUUGAGAUUUGAUCAUUAAUAUAGUGUAUCUAAAAUUGUACAUGAAUAUAGUGUAUCUGUAGUACUGUAAUAUUCUUGAGACUUGAUCCAAACCAUAUUAAUUGUUGCUAGUGAUUUUAUUAUCUACUUUUUGCAUCAUCUGAACAUUUUUUUGCUGCUGCAUAGUUUCUCACUCAUGAUUGAUCUAUUGCAAGGUGAAAUGAGGUUUUCAAAUAUUGAAGGAGGAGGACAAUAUGAACUUUUAUUCUGUCUUAUCAUCUAAACUUCUGUUUUAAUUUUCUUUGUCGUAGAAUAGUUCUGUUUGGCACUUACUGUUCCUGGGAUGUAAAGAUAUGUAUUGCUAGAAUGAAUGGUUGUAAUACAAGCAAUAUUAUAUUUUGGGCUCCUAUAACAUUGCAUGUUGCUUUGAAAAUGUAUCAGAACUGGGCUAGGCCCAAGAUAGCUUGUGGUGUGAUAUGUUGUAAUGUCAAUGGCAUAAUAUUUUUUGGAUUUGAUCA